UCACUGUUAAAACCAUGCUUAUGGAAGACCAUCCUACUUGGCUACGAGUGAUUGCCGAAGAAGAAGAAUACCUCCAUUUGUAAAGCAACCACUUUUGUCAUGGGUUGGGAGCCUGUGGCUCUCCCAUUGUUGUUGAACUCUUGCUCUCCUCACCCCCAUCUAUCAUGGCCAAUAGGUAGGGUGUCCCUGUAGGGGCCAAAGGUUCCUCAUUCCUUUAAGAUAGCUGCUUUGCAUUUGUCCUGGGAGCCAAGUAACCAGAUUUUGAAUUCCUACUAAAUAGAAGAUAGUGUAGGAUUAAUCACGCCACAAUUUCCCAGUAUUUUUGCCAUUUUCAUUCCGAGGGCUUGGGUCAGAUUAAAAUGUAUUUUGAUUCUCAUGCUGUGUUCUUUUGGUUAAAUUGUCCACUUAGGCCAGUGAACAGAGCUACAAUUUAACUUGAAUCUCCUAUAUUCACAGUCUGCCUCCUGUAUCCCACUGCUUUUUCAGCAGUGCUGCAUAAGAGUAAUUGGUUGCAUCCUUUGCGUUCUCCAUAGGCUGUAAAUGAAAGUGUUGUAACAAAUGAAAUGGUGCCAAGAGACCGCUGCUGAAAGCACCACCCUGAUCCCAUCACCUUCCUUGAGUUCUGCUGCUGCUUCCAGGGGAUUGACCUUCCGUUGAGAAAAUGUCUUGAGGGAGAUGCACACACCAGUAUGACUUGUUAAAUUGUGCGCAGUUGUGGGUGAGACAGCAUGAGCUUAUCUGAUAUAUAUAACACCAGGUUCCCUCACAGCGGGGGACUAUAGAAUGGAGAUUGGGGUCUGGGGUUAGGAGCGAGUUUAAUUCACAGUAUCUGCUGUUUCGAGCGUCUGUGUAAUUGCGUUCUCGCCACCUGUGCGGUUUCCCUUCCUUCAUCACAUUGUUUUACUCUCGCCCUUCCAAGCAGCUUGCGGCAGGGCAGCGUGCAAGCGUGGUUCUCACGUACCCAGCAACCCUGCAGGUCAGCUGAAGUGAGUGAAUGGUUAUGAGAAAAAGGAAGAAGCAAAACUUUGUUGUUGCGGUUGCCUUUAUUAUGGGCAGGGAGGGAGACCCCGAUACAGUCAGUUCUCAGUGGGAUCCUGCGCGUCUCACAGGGAUCAGAAACAGCGCCAUCGAUCCCUCAGCUGUGACGAACACAAGCCUGCCCUUCGCGUGUAUCUUUAAGUUUAGUUACCCGCCUGGAAAAAAGGAGCGGCAGGAUCGGGGGCAAGAAAGGCCGCCACCCCUUCGGCUGGGCCUUCCCAGCAGGGAUUUCCAGGGGGAACCGCGAGCAGAGGCCUGGCUCUGUCCCCGCCUCCUCUCCCCGCCCGGCCAAUUGCUGUCGGCACCGCCCGCUUCCCGCCCGUGCGCUGUGCCCGCCCUGCUGUCCCGGGACAAGCGCCUCUCGGGCUGCUUCGGGGAAACUUCCAGGGCGAUGGCUUCUAGAGCGGAGCGGGCGGAAGAGGCGCCUCCAGCGGGGUCGGGUCCUCUGGGCGCCCUGUACCGGGAGCUGAGCCGGUUUCCCGGCGUGACUUAUGCCAGUGUAGGAGUCGGGUUUGCUGCCUGCGGCGCCGCCGCUGAGUGCCUGCCCCUCUACACGGAGUGGUGCCAGCCUGACCUGGGGCGCCAUCAGAAGCUGCAUUUCAGCCGUCAGUAUAUCCUACACCACAAUAGCAGAGCAAUUGUCUCCGUUACUCCUGUUGGCAUUCCAGCUGAGAUCCGGGACCAACUGCUGAUCAGAAUGUCACCCACUGGGAUGCAUAAGGCUGUUUUCACCCAUCACUUGGAAAUGGGGCAGAAGCAGGAAAUGAUAGAGCAGGUCUGGAACAAGAGUGGAAAGGUGAGAAGCAUUAAUCUCACAUCACUGGAUAAACAUGGCAGAGUAUACACAGAUGAGCAGUUUGGGUGUGUUGCCUGGUCCAGUUCAGAAACACAGAUCCUUUAUGUUGCUGAGAGAAGACGCCCCAAAAGGCAACCACUUUUCCCUCAGAGCAGGUCCCCCCAAGGAGAGGAGCCAGGUGAAACAAGAAAGGAGGAGCACUUUGUAUACCAUGACAAUUGGGGAGAGGCACUGAGUGAUAAAAGCUUCCCUGUCUUGUGCGUGGUGAAUGUUGAAACCAGUGAAGUUUCAGUGCUAGAGGGCAUCCCAGGGCAUAUCUCACCUGGACAGGCCCUGUGGUCCCCAGACGACAAAGGUAUACUGUUCGUUGGCUGGUGGCACGAGCCCUUCAGACUGGGUUUGAAUGCUUGCUCCAACAGAAGGUCAGCCCUUUUUCUCUUCGAUCUCUCUGAAAGUAGCUGUGAGUUGCUGUCCUCAGAUUCCGAGGCUGUUUCCUCUCCCCGGCUCAGCCCUGACGGAACUCGCCUGCUAUACCUUGAGUGCCCUGUAUUUGGCCCUCAUCGCCAGUGUCUGAAGCUACAGAUGCUCAACUGGCAAACUAAGCUCACAUCUACAGUGGUGGACGUAGUUAGGACUGCCACAUCUGGGUUUUUGGGGAUUUACUCAGGGGCACUGCCUCUGCUUUGCUGGGCUGCUGACAACCACAGAGUCCUGCUUAGCACUCCUCAAAGGAGUAGAAAGGAGCUGCUGGUUGUGGAUACCGAGCUGGGGAGUGUGAAGGCUCUUACAGAAGGCACUCCAGAAGGUAGCUGGACCCUGCUGGGAAUUCAGCAGGAUCUCCUGGUGGUGAGCUGCUCAUCUCCCAAUUGCCCUCCAAGCCUGAAGGUGGGAGUGCUUCCCCCUGCAGGAUGUGAGCUGGAACUGCAGUGGACGAGUGUGGAGGAAGCCUCUGUACUGCCAGAUAUGGAAUGGAAGAUUCUCACAGUACAUCCUCCCAUGACUGAGGACAACCAGUACACUGGCCAGGCAUUUGAAGCCCUGUUGCUGACUCCUCGGGGGAACAGACGAGAAGAAAAGACAUUUCCCCUUAUUGUUUCUCCACAUGGUGGCCCGCAUGCUGUCUUUGAUGCUUGUUGGCGUCCUAAAAUGGCAAGUCUCUGCCAGUUGGGUUUUGCUGUGCUCAUGGUGAAUUACAGGGGUUCUCUGGGCUUUGGGCAAGCCAGCAUCGAGUCACUAAUCUCCCAUGUGGGAGUGCAAGAUGUGGAGGACACUCAGCUGGCAGUGAAAUUGGCAUUACGGACGGAACCUCUGGACCCAGAUAGAAUUGCUUUGCUGGGAGGGUCCCAUGGUGGCUUUGUCUGCUGCCAUUUGAUUGCCCGAUACCCAGAGAUGUACAAAGCCUGUGUAGUCAGAAGCCCUGUCAUCAACAUGGCCACUCUACUGGGGACCUCUGACAUCCCUGACUGGAGGUAUGCAGUGCUAGGUCUGCCAUACUGCUUUGAGAGGAUUCCUACUGAGGAAGACCUGACUGCCAUGCUGCUCUGCUCCCCUAUAAUUCAUGCUGCAAAGGUGCACACACCAUUAUUGAUGUAUGUGGGUGCCAAGGACCGACGAGUGUCUCCGUACCAAGCUCUGGAAUAUUACCGUGUGCUGCGAGCCAGAGGUAUCCCUGUGCAGCUGUUGUGGUACCCAGAAGAGAAUCAUGCUGUAAGUGGAAUGGAGGCUGAAGCAGAUGUCUUUAUGAACAGUGCACAAUGGAUUAUGCAUUACCUUUCUAAGGAAGCAGACCCUGAAAGUCAGCAGCCAGCUGAGAAAGAAAGGAUCUCAAAUAUUAAAAAGCAGCCAGCCUGUGGAGAUACACACCAUGCCACAAGAAGAUUGCCAGAUAGAAUAGAUCAGGGAGUAUUCUUAAAAGAUGUGCUGCUGGUGCCUUGGAAACAGCCUUGUACAGAUUCAAACCUUUGACCCCUGCAACCUAGUAAUGUCUAUGUUGACAGAGAGCAACUGUCAGAAUGUCAGAUUGUGGACGUUUCCAGCCCUAUCUGAAGAUGCUGAUGAUUCAGGCUGGGACCCUAUGCAUGGGCAGAUGUUCUACCACUCUGCUACAAUGCAGGUCCUUUUCAGAAAAUCUGCAGCAAACAGUCAACUGUCUAAUUGAACUUAACUCUCGUAGUAAAGCUGACGUCUUAAGAAUUUGUAUUGCUGCUUAUAACUACAAGGCAGUGUGGAUAGUUCUUUCUUAUUUAUUUAUAGGACACCAGAUCUUGGAAUAAAAGGUGCUAAAAUAAAAAAACUCAACCUUCUUGUUUUUAUUGUUAUAUGUACUAAGCUAUACAUAACCAAACUGGUCCCUGAGGGAAUUAAAUGUCUUAUAAGAUUAUAGCUUCAAGACUGUGGUAUGCAAAAUAUGUGGGAAACACUGAUAUACCAACAACAACUAUGUCACAGUGAGAACCCUAAAUGUAGGAAUAUACAGCAAUGGCAAAGCUUAUGAGUUUUAUAAGGAUGAAAGAAGGAGGGGCAAAAAUUAACAGGUUUUCCCCCCAAGAUUGGAAAAUGUUUGUUAAUUAUUGGCAUAAUAAAGCAGAUACUUCAGGAGA